CAGACCCGGGCACCAUUGCUAGUAAGGGUAAACGCACUGGAAAACAGUAUUAGCGUCCCAACGAAGCACUUACUUAGCACCCCAUGAAGAGAAGCACUGGUGUGGACUUACUGUAGCCUCUUUUGUCACCACAAAAUCUUUGCCGAGGACAAUCUGAAAGGUAUACACAGAAUCCUCAAUGUCUUCGACAGCUCCCGCAAAUUCUACAUCCCAAAAAUCGGUUGCAUCAAAUGUACCAUUUGCUCAUCUGUGCUCUACACUAGAAAAAAUCCAAAGAUGCAGGAAUAGGGUUGAUAAGUGCAAUAUUUUUAGACAGUUUGUUGAUUCGUGGAGGAAUUUCCAUAAAGAACUUCAUAAAAAUGAUCCUGGAACGACAGACUCUUUCUACCCAGCUAUGAGACUUAUUCUUCCACAGCUAGAGAGAGAGAGAAUGGCUUAUGGAAUCAAAGAAACAAUGCUUGCUAAGCUAUAUAUUAAGGUUCUAGGAUUGCCAAAAGAUGGGAAAGAUGCCUUAAAAUUGUUAAACUAUAGAACACCUACAGGGUCACAUGGGGAUGCCGGAGAUUUUGCUGCAGUCGCUUACUUUGUACUGAAGUCACGAUGUAGGAAGGACCAUACGACAGAUCUAUCCAUACAAGAAGUAAAUGAUCAUUUAAACUCUAUAGCUAGCAACAAUGCUGCAAGGAAGAAGGAACCGAUAGAGAAAACCUUGCUUCGUUUGAUCACCAACACCACUGCUUUGGAACAAAAGUGGCUCAUAAGAAUGAUUAUUAAGGAUAUGAAACUUGGUUUUAGCCAGCAAACAGUAUUUUCCAUCUUCCAUCCGGAUGCUGCCGAAUUGCAUAAUGUCACUACUGAUCUUGAGAAAGUGUGCAUGCAGCUACAUGACCCAUCUGUUUGUCUCAGCGAUGUUUCUAUUUCAUUGUUUUCUGCUUUCAAGCCAAUGCUCGCUGCAAUUGCUAAUAUUCAGCAUAUAGAAAAGCAAAUGAACCACCAGAGUUUUUACAUUGAAACAAAGCUUGACGGUGAACGUAUGCAGAUGCAUAAAGAUGGAGAUGUUUAUAAGUACUUCUCCAGGAAUGGAUUUGAUUACACUCAACAGUUCGGCGCAUCUCCACUUGAAGGCUCUUUGACUCCGUUUGUUCAUAAUGUGUUUAGAAUAAACGUGCAGAACUGCAUUCUAGAUGGGGAGAUGAUGGCUUACAAUCCACAUACUCAAACAUUCAUGCAGAAGGGAAACAAAUUUGACAUAAAGAGAAUGGUGGAAGAUUCAGAACUACAGACCUGCUUCUGUGUGUUUGAUAUUUUGAUGUUUAAUGAUAAGAAAUUGGCUCAUGAACCACUUAGGAAGAGGCAUGAGAUCCUAUGUGAAUCCUUUAUCCCAGUUCAAGGCAGGAUCCAUAUUGUGGAAAAAACUGAGGCCGGUACCAAAAAAAAUGUGGUGGAUGCGCUUAAUGAAGCCAUUGAUAACAGGGAAGAAGGUAUAAUGGUUAAAGACCCAAUGUCUAUGUAUAAGCCAGACAAACGUGGAGAGGGGUGGUUAAAAAUAAAACCUGAAUAUGUAAAUGGUUUAAUGGAUGAACUAGACCUUCUGAUUAUUGGUGGGUACUGGGGCAAGGGUUCACGUGGUGGCAUGAUGUCCCAUUUCUUGUGUGCGGUUGCUGAGGCUCCACCCCCUGGCGAGAAGCCAUCUGUUUUCCACUCCGUCUGCCGUGUUGGCUCUGGUUAUACAAUGAAAGAGUUGUAUGACCUUGGGCUGAAGCUUGCAUCACACUGGAAGCCCUAUCGAAAACGAGAUCCUCCUGUCAAUAUUCUUUGUGGGACCGAAAAACCUGAAGUAUAUAUACAGCCUUGUAACUCUGUUAUUGUACAGAUAAAGGCAGCUGAGAUUGUUGACAGCGAUAUGUACAAAACGGGCUGUACUCUUCGUUUCCCUCGGAUUGAAAAGAUUCGAGAAGACAAGGAUUGGUACGAGUGUAUGACGCUUGAUGACUUGGAGCAUUUUAGGGAAAAGGCCUCGGGUAAAUUGGCUUCAAAACACUUGGAUAUUAAUGAAGAACCGCGGGAAAAGAAAAGGAAAACUGUACCCAAGCUUAAAAAAGUAAUUGGCGUUGUUUCACAUCUGAAAGCACCAGAUCUCACUAACAUUCUCAAAGAAUCCACAAUGUUUGAAAAUUUCGAAUUUUGUGUAAUGAGUGGGACAGAUGAACAUUUAAAAGCUGAUUUAGAGACCAAAAUUGCUUCUUGUGGAGGUAUUGUGGUGCAGAAUCCUGGAGAAGACACAUAUUGUGUUGUUGCUGGAUCUAUUAAUGUUAGAGUGAAAAACAUCAUCUCUUCCGAUGAACAUGAUGUUGUCAGGGCAACAUGGCUGUUGGAGUGCUUUGAAAAUAAAGCCUUUGUGCCGUGGCAGCCUCACCACAUGAUUCACAUGUGUCCCUCAACCAAAGAACACUUUGCUUCUGAAUAUGACUGCUAUGGCGAUAGUUAUUUUACGGACACUAAUAUAUCAGAGCUGAAAGAUGUGUUUAAAAGAAUGCCCAGCACCAAGGAGAAAAUACCCCUAGACAUGAUUGCUGACUUAGAACAUCGUUACUCAUGGGAAAACACUUCAAGUAGUAUAUUUCGUCGGUGUAUUAUAUAUGUGGAUCAAUUUACAACGAUAAAUGACCCAAGCACUGUAAUAAGCACAUCUAGCUUAGCUAUAAGAGCGCUGCAGCUACGCGUUUAUGGAGCAAAAGUAAUAGAGCACAUUAAAAAAGGGCUGUCGCAUGUAGUUGUUGGUAAAGAUUUGUCUCGUCUGGAAGAAAUUAAAAUUUUAAGAAGAGGCUUUGAUAAAAAAUUUAAAAUUGUUUCCCAUUCCUGGGUACUGGAUUCAUUAAACGCGGGAAUGCUGCAGGAAGAACUUAAAUACUUACUCUAAAUAAGAGGGUUUUUUUUAACAAAACAUUUUAAAUAUGUCUUCCAAGUAAUUUAUUAUAUACUUUUUAAGUAACGAAAACUAUGUUUCGAGUGUCUACUUUUAAUGUUUUACAUGGUUUAAAUGAAUCUUAUUGAUGUUUUUAAAAGUACUUGUAAUCAAUGUAUCCAAUAGUCAUAAGAUGAUGCUUAUUUUAAGUAAAGUUGUUGUAUAUUGGCCAUAUGUUGGAAGUGUUUCUAGUCUAAUUUUGAGAUUUAUACAUCUACGUAAAUGUUCUACUGGCAAUUACAUAUUUCUUAAACCAAUGUUUUAAAGAUAUUUUCAAUCACGAUCAAUAAAAUCUAUUUUAUUUUUU